CUAAAUAUGGCCGUUAACAAACUCAGCCAUGGCAGUUAGAGGUCGAUAACUCUUUAACUUUUUAAACUUAUAACUCUUAAAUUGCAAAACAGGCUACUGUGCAAUUGCCGACUUAACUGUCUUUCUUCCCUGUCGCUGGUUUGGUUUUUAUCUCAUCUUUUUGUGACUCGUUAGCCGCUGAAGCUAGGUAGCGAGCUAACUUCUCCAUAGGGAACAAUGACAGCGACUUCUGCAGGUAGCAGCAGCUGCCUUGCCGCUAAAGGACUGGACAUAAGCCUGGCUGCUCUGCAGCGACAGGACCCGUACAUCAACAACAUCGUGGACGUGGCCAGCCAGGUCGCUCUGUAUACGUACAACAACAGAUCAAAUGAGUGGGAAAAGACCGAGGUGGAAGGCACCCUUUUUAUCUACACAAGGCUGGCAUCUCCCAGGCAUGGUUUCACUAUAAUGAACAGGCUCAGCAUGGAGAAUCUGACAGAACCAAUCACUAAAGACCUGGACUUCCAGCUCCAGGACCCCUUCCUGCUGUACCGCAAUGCACGAUUGGUUAUCCAUGGGAUUUGGUUCUAUGAUAAGGAGGAUUGCCAACGCAUUGCCCAGAGGAUGAAGAUUCUGACCCAGCAGGAGCAGGUCCUGGCUCAGUCUCAGGGUGGCUGGUUGUCCCCAGCAGCAGGAGGAGGUGUCGGGGGUGGUGGACGAGCAGGAGGAACAAAUGAAGGAGGCAGAGGAGGUGGAAGUGAAGGAAAGGCAGUAGACAUCAUCCAGAUGUUGACCAAAGCGCGCACAGAGUACGACAAGGUAGGCAAGGAGAAGACUACUUCAGAGCCAAAGGAGAUUGGUGGCAGCAGUGUUCUAUAUGGAAACCCCAACCUGAUUAAACCAAUACCUGUCAAACCGAACACUCAGGACAGUGAAGGUGCUGAACCCAAGUCUCUCUCUCUGGCCACUCUAUUUGGCUCUCAGCAUAAACAUCACCAUUCAUCCAAACCUGACCCCGUCCCUCCUGUGGCUGUCCCCGUGACGGGCUCACCAGCAGAGAAACUUGCUCGCCCACCUGUAGCCCGCACCCUGACCUACGAUGAUACAGUGAAUUCAGGCAGAAGUGUGACCUCCAAGGGAGGUAAUGCCGCCCUGGCUCGGUUUCCAGAUGGAGGGAUCAGGGCGGUAGUGGGCGAAGAUGGUGGAAAUGUUGUUGUGGGCUUGCUGCCGAGUCCGACUACCGCUCAUCAGCAGCAGCAGCAGGAGCAGCCGCAGCACUGCCCGGCCAUCCAGAAGCUCAUGCAGGGACAGAGAGGGGUCGGAGGGGUGCUUCAGACUGUGUCUGAGUCCCCUGAAAACAGGCUGUGUGACAACGGGGUGCCACUGGAGCAUCACCACCACCAUCACCAUCUUUACCAUCAUCAUCAUCAACAGCAUCACCAUCAUCACCAUCAACAGCAACAGGCUCAACCCGACCCAAUCAAGAGACUUUUCCAAGCCCAGCCACCUCUUCCUCCCUCCACCUCCUUCGCCUCUGCUGCUCCCCCUUGUUGCUCCAACGCCCCUCCUCUGCAGCAGAGCUCCCACCUCUCCUCUCAGCCUGUAAUGAUGGAUUCUGUGUCAUGUUCCCACCUUCAAGCGCAACAAAACCAGCAGCUGUUUCUCAGCCUUUCUAAGCAUCAGCCAGAAGCCCAGCACAACAGCCAGUCGGCUUCAGCUCCACAGGGACCAGGUUUCUUGCCAUCUCAGGUGACCAGUGACCAAGUCAUUCGACCUUCACAAGGUCUGUCUUCACAGAUGCCAGGUGUGGUGUCUCCUCAUGAGCUUCUCCAAAAGCUCCAGCUGGUCCAGCAGGAGCAAAGCCUGGCUUCCAGUGAUCUCCCUCGACUCUGUCCAGGGCUUGCCCCUCGAUUCCUGGGGCCCACUCAAAGUCAAAGUACAGGCUCAGUCAUAGGCCCAGUCCCAAAUCAGACUGCAGCCACUGCAGGUCAAAAGGCUGCUCUGCAGUUUCAGGUCAUCUCCCCCCAGCGUAUACCCGCCACUGUGGCCCCCACCCUGCUCCUCUCUCCCAGUGUGUUCACUCAGGUGAAGUCCAGCGAUGGGUUGUCAGCAGUUGCCCAGGAGAACUGCCCCGCCCCAUCAACCCUGCCCAGACUCCCGCUGCAGGAGGAGGUCAGAGUUCUCUCCAGAAGUCAGUUCCAAGCCACAUUGCUGCAUCUGAUCCAGACUGACAGUUCAUUCCUGAACACCAUCUAUGAAGCCUACAUGAGCCGCUUUGCUAACGACUCAAGCAGCAAGUACUAAUGACUCUUCAAACCUUCUGUCUUGCCCCUCUCCAAUCAGUCAGUCACCAUCUCCUCUGCACUCUACCACCUGUAAACCUGACUCUCUUCACUUCAAACCAAGCCUCUGUAGUUGCUUAAAAAAUCAGUUUCCACAUCAGAAAAAUGCAACUUUUCAAUAUGUGACACCUCUAAAAAAACAGUUCCUCUCCAUCUGAGGACCACUGGUUUUUGGUACAAAAGUGGCAUAACCAUACAGUCUGACCUCGCCUGUAGUUCAGGGGAAAAUGAAACCAAUACUGUAGUUUCUUCUCAGCGAAGACAAAAUAUGCUGCAACGUCACAGUUUUCCCAAGGUGUUUUCACCAAGUGUAGCAGAAUUUUAUUUUUAUUUUAUUUAGUUUUUUUAUAAUCUGUAGCCUUUACUCCGUCACUAGCAGCUAACACCCUCUGGGCUCCAACAAAGAAGUCCACCCAGUCGAAGAACUUGUGCUGAAGAAUAUGCUCAAACUAUCUUCACUUAUAAAAUGAAAUAUAAAACAUGUUAAACAUGUUUUUUUAUGCACAUUUUGAAAAGCAAGUAUGUUUAAAUGCCACUGGAAUUUGUUGGAUUUGAAUUUACAAUUCUUUUAAAUUAAGUUCUGACUAGGAAUUUUAAGUAUGUUUUACUAUCCAAAUGAUUUUAAAGUUAUUAAAAUGAUACCUUGUCAUUUUGACUUUUUUUCCCAGCUAACACCAACUGUGAUAUCUGCAUUGUUAUCUUAGCUAACUGAUUGAAACCAGUGUUGUUGACAAGCACAUUAGUUAGCCUGCACAAAGCUACAUCCUCUUUCUUUUAAAUAUAAUGAUAACUGUCUCAACUGGUGGCUUUUCUGAACACAUGAAGUAUGUCCCGGUGUGUAGGAGAGAAAAUAGUUUUCUUCACAGCACUUCUCUUCUGAAUAUUAUCAUUAUGAAGGAGUUCAAAAUGACAUGGUAUCCAUUUAACCUGAAGAAACAAGGAAACUACAGGAGAUUGUCAACCUGCACUACCUCACAGAGAGCUAGUUUGGAGGUUUACCCGUGUUUUAACUUAGUAGUGGCAGAUUGUCAGUUGUUGGACAGUGUAGCGGUGACAUAAUCUAAUAUCUAUGAUCAGAAUUUUUGUUUCAGUUUAUUUUUUUUCUGCCAAAGCUGUGGUUGUAUCUUAAAGUGUAGUAAUUUUGCAUUCAUGCCACAGCUCUUGAACACUCUUGUCGUAAAUAAAAUGGCUUACAGAAAUCCGCUUCAGGUGUAAUAAAAGCUCUUCAGAUCAGAUGCUUUGAUGGUAAAUAUAGUUAAUAAAUGGUUUUGGUUUCGGUUAAGACAAUAAAAAGCAACGAAGAAGGUAUAGAAGUAUAUCCAGUAAUAGUGUUUUGGAGUUCACAUGUCUGUUCAGGGCAAAUAUUGUAGAAUAUACACACUAUUACAUGUUCUGUAAAAAAAAAAAAAAAAAAAAAACAUCAACAAAUUUCUCAUUCACUGUCCCACAGUUCCCACUUUGUACAACAAGGAAG